AUGUACGACCAACGCUCGGCCUCGCGUUGCGCGAUAGACCGGCUACCCACCGAACUGCUUGCACGCAUUAUCAAGCUCGCCGCCGCAUAUGUUCUGCGAAAUUCCGCAGAUCCCUUUCUUCUACAGGAGCGGGCUGAGUCUACCUUGAAGACGACGAGGCUUAGUCUGACUCGAGUCAAUAAACAAUGGAAUGCGAUCGCAAUUCCUUACCUCUUGGAAGAGAUACGCAUCGGCUGCAAGCUCUCUCCAGAAACCAAACAUCUGGGAUACGCGCACACCGCCCGUCUCGAAAACCUCAUUCGCACCUCGGAGCUUUGCCCGUCCUUGCUGAAACGCACGCGCACCAUGGUGAUGCUGCUCGGCUGCCGCACCGUCGCAGAUCAGUGUCAUGCAGGCGUCCAAAUUUGUCAUUUACUCUCCCGCGUCUCGCUGAGGCACUUCUCAACGGACCUGAGCUGUGAAGCACCCUGGCUAUCGUUCCUCGUGUCGGGCAGUGCACAGUCCCUAACACAUCUCGACAUCCACAUCAGCGCGCGCGCCAUAUCGUGCACAACCAUUCCCUCCCUCAACGCUCUGACGAACCUCACGUUUCUGCGUGUGACUGAAGACAACAACCGUAACUCCUACGCAGCCUCGCUGGAGCAUCCCUAUCCCGAAUCAUUGAGCAGUCUUGCGCAACUUUGCCUCCCGCGAUUAGAAGAACUGCAACUCAUAAUCACGAAAAGUCCCGAAGACGUGCACCCUGACGGCCACAUCCCACUCCACAUCGGCUUAGCGGCUAAUCUGCCGUCCCUCCGCCGUCUUCAUCUCUCCGAGGAACAAUGGUUCGAAGAGGGGAUGCUCCUGCGUUUCUUAAACGCGUUCGGAGCGAAGCUGGAGGCGCUUCACAUCCAGAAUGCCUUCAUGCCCGACGAGCUCGAACGCAUCCACGAGCUCGCUCCCCACUUAACCGAGAUCGGCUGCUACGUGCCGUUCUCGUACGAAAUCGACGUCGAAUUCGGCGAACGCUGCAUACAACAUCCGCGCGUCCAGCAUCUAUGCUUCUCGGGAGACGCCUGGUUCUCGGAGACCAUACGGCUCAUCGAUCGAGCGAAACUUCCGAGUUUGAUUGAUGUUCGCCUCGUGGACGUUGCGUGGGCUCGCGCACGCGAUCCAUCGGUGUGUAAGGAUAGGAGCUUUGGUUGGAAGUUGAUGGAGGAUAUGCAGGCGGCCUCGGAACUUUCUGUCAAAGGAAUACCGUGUUUCGAUAUGAACGGCAAAGUGUUUGGCGGCCUGGUGUCGUCAGCAUAG